AUGCUAACCAUAGUUGCGUUGCUGACCCGUCAGCUAUCAUAUCUAGGUCGUGAAUAUCCAGCAGGUUCAGACUACUUCCACAAGAAGCUGAAGACCGCAUUCCUAAAGAAUAAGGAUCUGAGCGAUCCAGCUGAGAUUCAGAAGCGAAUCGAUCUUGGAGAUUAUGUCUGUAAAGAGAUCGAGGCGAUGUAUCAUAUCAACAAGUACAGGGCUAUGAAGAAGCGGUACUAUGAAGAAAAUCAGGCAGAGGACAUCCAGAGCAAACUCGAGAAUGCAAGCUGGGCAAAUGCCUCAGCCAAGAAGUAG